UGACUACAUGGGAGUCCAGCGACAUAGCCAUUACGCCAACUGUUGGCCCCACGCACCACGUGCUUGGAUAACUGUAACAUGAGUUCAUGUACGCUAUGGCACAAAAUGGAGAAGGGAACGGAAGAGAAAGAAGAGGAGGAGGAGGAGGAGAAGAAGAAGAAACAGAGCUCCCAAGCAGAGAAAGGUCCUGAUUGGGUUCCGGAAAAGGAGCUAGAGGAUUCCAUAGAACGACCCUUGCGGGUAAAGCACCGAGUCUCCGACUUCAACCUCCACCAGCACACACAGAUCGCAACGCGCGCCCCGCCCAGAUGUUUAUAUUUUCCUACCUCGGCCCCGCCCCCCGACCACGAGGGCCUUCGGCCACACCCCCAAGCUCCGGUCCUAGGCCCGGACUUGCCUAGCACCUCAGCCUACCCAUAGGGAUUCCCUCUCCAGCCAAUCGCGUCUGAGCAAUGGGACUGCCCUGAACAAAGAUGGCGGGAGAGGCCUCUGUGAGGGCAGACUGAUCUGAACACCCGAACCCGCCGCGGACAGCUGAGACAGUGGUAGCGGCGCAGCCGGGACCAUGGAGGAAGGCGGCAGCGCUGGCAGCGCUGGCAGUGACGGCAGCACCAACGGGAGUGGCGGGGCGCAGCAAAGGGAGCUGGAGCGCAUGGCUGAGGUCCUGGUCACCGGGGAGCAGCUACGGCUCAGGCUGCAUGAAGAAAAGGUUAUUAAAGACAGACGACAUCAUCUCAAAACCUACCCAAACUGUUUUGUGGCAAAAGAACUGAUUGACUGGCUGAUUGAACACAAAGAGGCUUCCGACAGAGAGACGGCAAUUAAACUCAUGCAGAAAUUAGCAGACCGGGGCAUUAUCCAUCACGUGUGUGAUGAGCAUAAGGAAUUCAAGGAUGUCAAACUUUUCUACCGCUUUAGAAAGGAUGACGGCACCUUCCCACUGGACAAUGAAGUGAAGGCCUUCAUGAGAGGACAGAGGCUGUAUGAGAAGCUGAUGAGUCCUGAAAACACACUCCUGCAGCCCAGGGAAGAGGAGGGAGUCAAAUACGAGCGAACAUUCAUGGCAUCUGAGUUCCUAGACUGGCUGGUUCAGGAAGGCGAGGCCACCACAAGGAAAGAAGCAGAGCAGCUUUGCCAUCGGCUUAUGGAGCAUGGCAUCAUACAACACGUGUCCAACAAGCACCCAUUUGUGGACAGCAAUCUUCUCUACCAGUUCCGAAUGAACUUCCGUCGGAGGCGAAGACUGAUGGAACUGCUCAAUGAAAAGUCCCCCUCCUCCCAGGAGACUCAUGACAGUCCCUUCUGCCUGAGGAAGCAGAGUCACGACAACCGGAAGUCUACCAGUUUCAUGUCAGUCAGCCCCAGCAAGGAGAUCAAGAUUGUGUCUGCAGUGAGGCGAAGCAGUAUGAGCAGCUGCGGCAGCAGUGGCUACUUCAGCAGCAGCCCCACUCUCAGCAGCAGCCCCCCUGUGCUCUGCAACCCCAAGUCCGUGCUGAAGAGGCCUGUCACUUCUGAGGAACUCCUGACGCCCGGGGCACCAUAUGCAAGGAAGACGUUCACGAUUGUUGGUGACGCAGUUGGCUGGGGCUUUGUGGUACGAGGAAGUAAGCCAUGCCACAUCCAGGCCGUGGACCCCAGUGGUCCUGCAGCUGCAGCAGAAGGGAUGAAAGUCUGUCAGUUUGUCGUCUCUGUCAAUGGGCUUAACGUGCUGCACGUGGACUACCGGACCGUGAGCAAUCUGAUUCUGACGGGCCCACGGACGAUUGUCAUGGAAGUCAUGGAGGAGUUAGAGUGCUGAGCACCCGGACCUCCCAUCCUUUCCAUGGCCUGGGGGUGAUCAGCACCAGCACGAAGCAAAACAAUGCAAUGACAAGACUUCCAUGCACGUGGAUGGCUUUGAACACAGAAACUCUUCUCCAUGCAUAUUCAUCUUAGGUUGAAUUUCAUACACUGUUUGAAUGUGGAAGAACCGGGUAACAUAGCUAAAAAAAAAAAAAAAAAAUCAGCGUAAAAACAUUUGAGAAA